AUGCAAGACUGUUCCUUGACGUCACUCAUUGCGCGACAAGUUAUGUACUCGAGUCUGCUCGGUGUGUUUGAGUAACGCUUUAAUUUCCACCCCGAAAAUGGUCAAAUCGGGGAAAUUGCGAUCCGGGACCGGGUCGAAACUCAAACGGUGGAAAAAAGGACACAGCAGCGACUCCAACCCGCAGACAAGCCGCUUUCGACAGGCAGCUAAAAGCCGCUUCUUCAGCAGACCCUCCGUUAACAGUGACCUAACGGUUGAUGCUCUGAAGUUGCACAAUGAGCUGCAGUCUGGUCAGCUGGAGGUCAGCACAACUCGAGCUCCUAAAGAUGCCUUUAUGGAAGACGAGCCUGAUGAGUCGGGGUCACAGAGAACCUCGGCCACCUUCCUCAGUGGGCUGUCGGACUGCUCCAACCUCACCUUCAGGAAGGUGCAGCGCUACUGGGAGUCAAAUUCAGCCGCUCACAAAGAGAUAUGUGCAGUGUUGGCAGCAGUGACUGAGGUGAUUCGUGGUCAAGGAGGAAAGGAGACAGAGACGGAGUAUUUUGCUGCUUUGAUGACCACUCUAGAGGUGGUGGAUUCAGCAGAGUCGCAGGCUGCAGUGGCGUAUCUUCUCAACCUGGUCAUAAAAAGGGUUCCGACUCCUGUGCUCAUAUCAAAGUUCUCAGACACCACGAAAGCGCUAAUGGACGUCAUGUCUAAGCAGGCCACGACGGACACGGCCUCGGCGUUGAGAUGGAUCCUGUCAUGCCUGGCCACGCUGUUAAGGAAGCAGGACGCCUCAGUGUGGACGUAUCCCUCCACUCUGCAGGUCUAUCAUGGCCUCCUCAGCUUCACUGUGCACAGCAAAAAAAAGGUACGGAAGGCAGCACAACAAGGUGUUUGCUCCAUCCUCAGAGGCAGUGAUUUCCUGUUCACAGACAACGCUCCGACCCAUCACCCGGCGGCAGCGACCACGGCCAAGUUCUGCAUCAAGGAAAUGGAGCAGGCUGGAGGCACUAAAGAGGACACCACUACACUUCACAUUCUGGGUCUUCUCAAGGAGCUGAUUGGGACGUUUCCACUGGCAGCCGUCAAGUCCUGUUGUGAGACGCUGCUGCGUGUGAUGACACUCAGCCAUGUGCUGGUGACGGCCAGUGCCAUGCAGGGGUUCCAUAAGCUGUUCAGUGGGAAACCAAACCCUUCGACCCUCUCACCUGAGCUCAAUGCACAAAUCAUUACGGCUCUGUACGACUACCUGCCCAGUGAGAACGACCUGCAGCCUCUGUUGGCCUGGCUUGCUGUCAUGGAGAAGGCACACGUUCAUCUGGCAAGUCUGCAGAGUUCCCUGAGUCUGGGUCACCUCCCUCGCUUCUUCCCUGCUGCCAUGUCCUGUCUGUUGUCACCCCACACACAGGUGGUGUCAGCAGCUGCCAGCACCAUCAAAAAUUUGCUGACUGAAUGCGUCUCUCCUUGUUUGGAUGAAAUCGGUGUCGUCAGCGUCACAGCCUCUGCAGGAAGUCCUGCUUAUAUCUGUAAAAUGUUCAGGAUCGUGGAGGAGGGCCUGUCUUAUCGUUUCCACGCCUCUUGGCCAUUUGUGCUGCAGAUUCUGGCCUGUUUUUACAGAGUGGCAGGAAAGAAGGCUCACGCUGUCAUGACUAAGUCCCUGCAGUCUCUGGCCGACCUGCGUGCCACGCCUCAUUUUCCCUUCACUGGAGAGUUGGACCUCGCCAUCGGAGCAGCUGUGGAGAGCAUGGGACCGGAGCUGGUGCUGGCUGCCAUUCCACUCAACAUCACUGGCAUGAAUGAUGACCUGGAGUUCCCCAGAAGCUGGCUGGUGCCGGUCAUCCGGGACCAUGUGAAGAACACACACCUGGGUUUUUUCACCUCUUAUUUCCUCCCUCUGGCAUCUACACUCAAGCAGAGAGGUGAGGAGCUGGAACAAGGAGGACAGAAACUGGAGGCCAAAGUCUACCACACUCUACAGCUGCAGAUCUGGACCAUGCUCCCCGGCUUCUGUACGUGUCCAGUUGACCUUCUUGCAUCCUUCAAAGGCAUCGCCCGCAUCCUGGGUAUGGCCAUCAAUGAACAGCCGGACCUAAGGCUCAUCGUGUGCCAGGCUCUGCGUGCCCUCAUCAACAAGAGCUGCUCAACAGAGGAGGAGAAGGCCGAAGUGGGUCGCUUCUCCAAGAACUUCCUGCCCAUUCUCUUCAAUGUCUACAGCCAGCAGCCUGCAGCUGGAGAGUGUGCCACCUACAGGAUGGCUGUGCUGGACACCAUCAAGGUUUACCUCACUGUCACUGAGACGCAGAUGACCUGCACCUUCCUGCAGAAAGCCACAGACAAACUGAGCAGCGCAGACACCAACGAGUUCACACGGCUGUCGAUGAUGGACCUGGUUGUUGCCUUGGCUCCGUUUGUGGACGAGGCCACCAUGACUAAAACCUUUGGGCUGAUUCGACCGUAUUUGGAGACCAAGGACCCAGGGCUGCAGAAGAAGGCGUACCGUGUGCUGGAGGAGAUGUGUGGAGGAGAGAGGGACGAGUGCAAGGCGUUUGUUGUAGAAAAUUUGGAAACACUCAAAGUUGUCCUGUUGGAGACUUUGAAGAACGCCUCUUCACCAGCGAAGCGGCCCAGACUCAAGUGUCUCUGUCACAUUGUGAAAAGGCUCAGUGAAGAACACAAAGACUUCAUCACUGCUCUGCUGCCAGAGGUGAUCAUAUGCACGAAGGAAGUCUCGGCCGGAGCUCGUAAAAACGCCUACACCCUGCUGGUGGAGAUCGGAAACAUGUUUGUUCGCUUCUGUGGAAACAAAAAAGAUGCCAUGGAUGAGUAUUUACUGCUGGUCUACACCGGACUGACCGGCUCCGUCACCAUGAUCACCUGCACAGUGUUGGCCCUGACACGAAUAGUGUUUGAGUAUAAAGACUCUAUAGAGGUGCAAACCAUGGAGCAGCUCCUUCACAACAUCUGCCUGCUCCUGUCUUCUCGGACCAGAGAGAUAGUCAAAGCAGCUCUGGGCUUCAUCAAGGUCAUCCUCUUCAUCAUGGAGCCCAAGACCCUGGCUUCACAUGUUACCGUCAUGAUGGAGGGCAUUGGAAACAUCAAGGACGACGUGAGGAGACACUUCAGGACCAAACUGAAGAACGUCUUCACCAAGUUCAUCAGGAAAUUUGGUUUUGAGCUGGUGAAGAGCAUGCUUCCUGCAGAACACCACAAGGUGCUGGUCAACAUCCGCAAGGCAGAGGCCCGCACCAAGAGACGCAAGGAGGUGUCAGAGCAGGAUGACGGCUCAGAGAGUGAAGAUGAGAAGCCGAAGGUCAAGAAUGAAAGUAUCGAAGAGAUCCUGGCAGAUUCGGACAGCGAUCUGUCAGAGGAUGAAGGAAAAGCUCAGAAGAAGAAAGUCAAACAGAAGAAAGGACAGGCGUGGCUCAGAGAAGGAGAGGGAGACGACCCUCUCAACUUCCUGGAUCCUAAAGUAUCCCAGAGAGUUUUAGCUACAAACCCAGGACUGAAAAAGAGCAGUAAGGUGGAGCACGGCUUCAGAGUGACCUCAGACGGACGACUAAUCAUCAAAGAAGACGACGAGGAGGAGGACGUGAAAGACAAAGAUGAGGGAGAAAUGAAAGAUAUUCUGGAGGAGGCGGGCGUCAAGACUAAAAAGACACAGAAAAGGAAGACGCAGUAUGACAACUUUGAUGAAGACAUGGACAUGGAGCCUCAGUUAAAAUAUAAAGCCGGAGGCUCAGGUAUCCACAGACCUCUGAGAGAAAGUCAAGACAUCGGAGCUGAUUAUAAGUCAAAGAAAGGAAAAGGAGACGUGAAGAGGAGAGGAAAGUUGGAUCCUUACGCCUACAUCCCUCUGAAGAAAGACCAGCUCAACCGCAGAAAACGAGCCAAAUUAAAGGGCCAGUUUAAGGGCAUGGUGCGAGGAGCCCAGAAGGGGGCGCUGUCAGGAAGGAAAAUGCAGAAAAAGAAAAAAGCUUGAAAAGAAAACUCAGUGGACUUUGUGUGUGUAAUGAUGGUGAUGAUGAUGUGUGUGUGUGUUAAACCUCGGUGUGUUUGUGUGUGAGAGCUCAGUUUGUUUUUAAACUGCUCUCUCACAGAUUAGCCGUGAACACGUUGACAGACAUGAUGUCGGAUGUGUUUUUCUGCUCCUGACUGAUUUCAGCCAAUUAGAUUUUAAAAAAAAAGGCUGCAAAUAAACCACACCGGUGAAACAA